AUGCCUGGCGCCGCUGCAGCAGCAGGAGGAGGAGGAGGAGGAUCAGCGCCAACUGGGGGGAGACGACGGCCACAGUCGCAAUACUCGCAUCAACAGUAUCAAUCACAGCACGUCAACCCCAUGUACCAGCACCAGCACAGCUUCAUGAACCCGUACGCCAACAGCUACUAUCCCCAGAUACCGCAUCACUAUCCGAAUGGCGCCAUGAACGCGCCAUACAGCAUGCCGUACAAUCAAUAUCCUCAGCAUCCUCAGCGCUCACCACCCGUCGCUAUGCAUCAGCCAUAUCCUCCCAUCGUCUCUUCCAGCAUGCAACAGCCCCCUCAGCCUUACUCUCGACCGCCUCCACCGCCGCAGCAACCGUCCCCAGCCAUGUCGACACCUCCACUGUAUUCCAUAGCCGCGCCGCCUUCCCAGGACCCUAUACCACAGGCACCAUCCUCGACGCACUCGACACACUCGACACACUCAUCCCAAGCGGUCCAAGCUCCCUUAACACCACCCACACCUAAAAUCCAAGAUGUCGCCCCUCAUCCAUCAGAAGUCGAAGUCAUACCUCCGCGGGGGGAAUUCAGAGCUCCUUUGCCUUGGUUAUCACGACCCGACCUUCCUUUUCCUACACGAACUACGAGAUCGAAGGGCAAGCGGUCGAGAUUCAACGCGGACGCUGAGUCAGUCGAGCUUCCUACUAACCCUCAGGCUGCUGUUGAAGCAGUAGCCGAGGCAAACGAGGCAACAUCCGAUAAAGUCGCUGCUCCAGGAACCCCAAAAUCCAAAGCGGCAGCAUCUGUCACUUCCUCUGCUGUUCCUAUCGAGGCUCAAGCGACACCCGAGAAGCCAUCAACCCAAAAUCAUCCCUCCGAGGAUAUUCGGCCGACUUCACCAUCGACACCUGCAUCAGUAAAGACCACUGCGGCGUCAAUCACUCCCACACUGUCCAACAAGACCAUCUCUCGCACCGCAGUCCCGGCCCUCCCGAUCGUUCCCCCAAAGUCCAAAGCGAGCCCGAAGGAAGUAAAGACAACAUCGGGCUCCGAGUCACAUCCAUCAGAUGGCAGACAGGAUGUGGCACAAGCCGCAUCAGAGAAAGUUGUUGAAGUCGACGCGUCUUCUACCGGUGUUCCUCAGACAGAACUCAAUGCUGCCCCCGCUCCGGCCAAGACGGCACCGAAGCUUUGGAGUAAUCUGUUCAUGCGCCCAGCAGCCACCGCCACGGCAUUAGCUGGCGCUGGUGCCCUGGGAUCUAUUGCUGCUUGUGGUGCGCCGUCCGCUGCUGAUGCUGUCGUCGGAGAAGGAAGCGGAAGCGGCGGGGGCUUUGCGGAAUCAAAGGCCUCCUCUUUGGCGGAGGCGCUGCAUUCUUAUCGUGUUUCUAGUUCGGAAAAGAUUGCGUUCCUAGAGCCCAGGGGUUUGAUCAACACUGGGAACAUGUGUUAUAUGAAUUCCGUUCUUCAAGUUCUUAUCUUCUGCCUUCCGUUUUACGAUUUCUUGGAUCAAGUUAGCAAGAAAGCGGCGCACAGUUUCAAGAGCGAAACACCCCUAAUUGAAGCCAUGAUUAUGUUCAUGCGCGAGUACAAGGUCAUCGACUCUGCAAUUUCUGUGGAACAGCUUCGGAGAAGAUUGAAGAGCGAGGAACUAGAACAGUACGGCGAGGCCUUUACCCCCAAAUUUGUCUACAAUGCUAUUCGGGAGCUGCCUAGAUUCGCAAGCAUGAGGCGCGGGCAUCAACAGGAUGCUGAAGAAUUCCUCGGUUUUCUUCUCGAAUCCCUCCACGAUGAGUGCGCCAAGGUCAUGCAACAAUUUUCUGAUUCCUCUGCGACCACUACGGCAGCAAACUCGUCUGCCGCUACUCCUACAGCUGCAGUGUCACCCACGAACGUUGCGGACUCCAGCGAUUGGCUGGAAGUAGGACGACGACAAAAGCCGGCCGUAACUCGGUCUUCCGGACAUCCCAUUGCAUCAUCCCCAAUUACUAAGAUCUUUAGUGGACAGUUGCGAUCAGAGUUGCGUAUCACAGGACGCAAAGACUCCAUCACUCUGGAGCCAUUCCAACCAUUACAGCUUGAUAUUGGCUCUCCACAGAUUCACAACAUCGUGGACGCGCUGAAGGGCCUUACCAAGCCCGAGACUCUCCAUGGGGAAUUCGGAUCACCUAGAGGACCGGGUACGAGUGCUACAAAACAAGUAUUCAUCGAGAGCCUGCCCCCGGUUCUCAUUCUCCACCUAAAGCGUUUUCAAUUCGAUGCUGAGGGUACCGGAACUGUUAAGAUCUGGAAGAAAAUUGGCUACCCCUUGGAACUUGAACUGCCGAAAGAAAUCCUCUCGCGCCAGAAGAGAAACGCCCUACUGGCCGAAGGCGCUGGUCUCCCUAAGUACAGGCUGAUUGCAGCGGUCUAUCAUCAUGGCAAAAACGCGAGCGGUGGCCAUUACACGGUGGAUCUCCGACGUCAGGACUGUCGCGAAUGGAUUCGGCUGGAUGAUACUGUCAUUCGGCGAAUCAGGAGCGAAGAUGUGGCUGAAGGUGGCGUUGAAGAAGACAGGAGCAAGACAACCACGUGGGUUGACAAGAAAGAUAGCGUCAUGGUUCCCUCUGGAAACCGAUUCGAUGGCAUUGGAGACGACGACGCCGGCGACGAGGAGGGUUGGAACAAAGUCAGUGCUCCCGUCAAUGGUGCUAAGAAAUGGAGCACUGUGGUCAAUGGUGGUGGACCAAACACCGCUGCACCAGCCAAGGGGAAGCCUGCCAAGGACAACAUCAAGGACAACAAGGUCGCGUACCUGCUAUUCUACCAGCGGGUCUGA